AUGGAAGUUGUGAUGAUCACGAGAACACAGGUUGUUACACAUGUGUUGACGGUGGUGAUGUCGUCGUUGUACUCCUCCUCCUCGUCGCCGUCGGUCGUCGGUCGUGGUUGUGAUUGUGGUGGCUGCGGGGGUGGUGGCGCCAGCCGUCGCAUGAAGAGCGGGAAUGAGAGACGCGCCGACUCCUCGCGCUGGCGUCUGCUGCUCCGGGCGCUGGAGACCUUCGGCGAGGUGGAACUGCUGCAGGAGCUGCUGCUGUCAGCAGGGCCCCAGCCGCCGCAGCGAGCGGCUCUGUGGCUCAGCCUCGCGCGAGCGCUGCGCCGGAGUCUGAAUCGCCAGCCGGAAGAGGCGAAACGCUUUCAGCGAAGUCGGCUCGUCCGAGCCAUGGGCGACGAGGCCGCAGCUUCGGCAUCCACGCAGUGGGCGUCCCUUGCAUCGGCUCUCAGCGCCUUGAUCGCUUUUGCGGUGCUCGGGGGCGACGAAGGUGGUGAGGAGGACAUGCCUAUGCUGGAUUCGGUGUUUCAAGUCAGCACAAGGGUGAAGUCUCUGGCAGCGCUGCCAACGCCCUUGGAAUCGGCACCCAAUCCUCUUCGCCGCCGACCCGUCUUCGGUCGCACUCGGGCACGGCCAGUGGCAGAGGCUCCGAGAGAAGUUCUUCUCCUCUGCGCCUUCUGCAACACGACGGAGUCCGCAGAGAGCCUCAGAGGCAGUAACCCGUGCUGCCCACGCUGCGGUGCGGAGUUGCUUUCGGCGGACCUGUCGGUACCGCAUCUCCAGUCCCUGCGCUAUCCUGCAGCCAAGCGCGGGCGGUGGUUGCGCCAGCCGCAGGACUUCAUGAGUCUGGUAGUGAAGCUGCGGGCACGUCUGGUCUCUUCGGCCCCUGCCACAGCGCUGGGCUUGCUGGAGCCGGGCGACUCCCAGCCGUCACUGGGGCGGCCAAGUGCGGAGGUGUCGUCCCUCCUGAGCACGGCCGUUCUUUGCCUCUGCCUGGGUUGCUCCAAACUGGGCCUUUCCAGUUUGGCCAAGGAUCUUGCGACUUUCUUCCCUCAAGACCUGGAUGCACCGAGGAUACCGGCGAGCUGGGAGGCCCCGGAGCCUCUGGGGGCUCUGCUGCGCUGUCCGGACUUCCGGGCCGCCCUGAGCGGCGAGUCUGCCACGCCCUUGGCGAAGCGCCGCCGCGGCGAAGCCACGGCGCCAGCGCAGCCUCUUCAGAUAGUGGCUUUGAGCUCCCAGCAGUUGACGAAGAUGGUUGACGAAGCGUGUAACUUUGCCACCUCCACUGCUGGAGGUGCAACUUUCAGCGCCAGCUCAAGCCUACAACGGCUCCUCAGCGUUUGCAUGCUGGCUCCCUCCUGCGCAGACGAUGUCUUCUUGACCGUGGACCGGAACUUGUACCUCAACCUGCUUGAACGCUACUCGCGAAGCGCUCGGGCAGCCAGCCUUUGUCAGCUGCUCCUGACCGGAACCUUGAAGUCGAAGAUGCGGCUUUUGUUGCCGAAGCUUCUGCCGGUCAUGGUUCUCCACGAGAACGUCGACAGCCUGCGUCCGUUGUGUAAGAUCUUGGACGAGGAAUCCCUACCCUCGGUCUUCACGCCGAAUCUCCCCUUCGUCCUCUUCGAGAUCGCUUCGCUUCCCGCCACCCGGGCCGAAAAAGCCUUGUCCUUCCUCAUCAGCGGCAUCUACAAAGGAUCCGUGAGCGCCGAGAGCCUCAGCGCUGCGUUCCUGGGCAAGGCCUUGGUCCUCCUCCUCUGGGAGUCCGCGAGGCUGGGUGACCAGCGACAGGAACGCCUUCGCCGUACUUUGGCCGUGCUGACAAACAUCUCGCAGGCUUUGCAGGCCCUCCAGGCCCGGCUGGGGCCUGGAAGCGCGGCGUUGCAGGACCGGAAACGCCCAGAGCCUUCGCUGGAGCGGAGUGCCAAAAAGCGGAAAGCAGGGGAGAAGGAGACGAAGGUGAUCGACAUAGCCGGAGAUGGAGGGACCUGUCCAGAAGUACUAGAAAUCCUGGAGCGCCACUUCCUGCAUGUCCUGGACAUCCUGGGCAUCCUGCUCGACCCGCGCUCACCCAAAUGGCAGGAGUACUGCGACCUGCUGUCUGACCCCUUCGUGCGCGUCCGUGGAGACCUUCAAGAGGAAGCGACCAGCCCGGACAUGGCGCGCUUCUGCCGAAUGGUCUCGCUGCUCUUGGAGCUGCCGGGGGAUCACCUCCAGCGCUUCGCUCCAAAGGUCUUCGAGCUCCUGCAAAAGGCCACGGCGCAGUCCUCGCAGCAUCCGGAGAGCGUCGACUGCUGGCGACACUAUGUGGCCGCCGUGGGCGUCGCGAGGCUGAAGCCCCUGCUUCCUGCAGUCAUUUCGGAGCUGCUGCGGCUUGGGGCGCAGCUGAAAGCGAAGGCGGCUCGUGCAUUCGAGGUUUUGGGCCAGGAGGUUUUGUCCCCUCUGAUCGUGGAGACUUGCCGCAGCGCAGCAGAGGUAGUAGCUUCUCUUCCAGAGCUUCCUGCCUGGGAAUCCCUGCGAACGGCCAAGGCCGCAGUAGACAAGGCCCGAGCGCCCGACGAUGCGAAGAGCUCCGCCCUCCGACUCGAGCGCUGCAUCCAUCAGCUCCAGGCCGCGACGCAGCAGGUGGUUCGGCGUUCGGCGCUGGAGAGCCUGCACGGCAUCAUUCAGGAGCAGCGCCAGGCGCCCUGCGCGGCCGAGCUGCCAAAGCCAACGCUGGCCCGGCUCCUGCGAGCCUUGCUGAAAUUUCUCUGGGAAUCGUCGUCUUCACCAGAUGACCAGCUCCUUUGCGGGCAACUCCUGGGCUCCUUGGGCGCCAUCGACCCAGCCCGGCUGUCUGGCCAGGUGCUGGUGGAGCGCCAUAGCUCGGUGAUGGACAGUCGCUCACCCAAAGGUGACAUUGACUUGGCCAAGACCGUGCUGGAAGAGUUCCUCGCUCCGAACCUGACCAGUAACAACUACGCCUUCGCCGCGCAGGAAAUCUUCCGGUACUUGAAGCCCGGUGGGAAAGACCAGCAGCUCUUGCUGAAGCUGGAGCGUGAGGAUGUGCGAGAGACCCUGCGCCCUUACAUGAGCAGCUCCUACGAGCGCGUGAGUGCCACAGCGAGGGCGGCGAGCCAGGGCCCUGCGACCUUCGAAGAUGCGCUGGUGGCUGCUUCCAGCCUUUUGCCGGCUGAGCGGCGGGCAUUCUUCGAGGCAUGCUUGCCUGCCAUACCCGGCAACCAUGCGCUCACCCUGUUUCUCAUGCACCAGGUGCUUCCGGACCUCCUGGCGGGCCCCAAAACCGACGAGGCGGAGCUGUCGGCUCUGGCCACGCGGCUCAGCGGGCUGCUGAGGCUGGAGGAAGGUGUUCGUCUGGAGCCCAGGCACUCAGCCACAGCGCAAGCGGUAUUCUCGCUGCUGGACGAUCUGUACCAGCGUCAGGAAGAGGUGAAGCAAACUCCGGUAACAAGAAAUGGUGACGAGAUGUGGAAGAAUCGGCAGAUGCAGCGGAUAGAGCUGCUACUGACUCCUUUCGCACCGCGCCUGGUGGUCAGCGCCGCGGUCCGCUGCGGCGCGCACGCCCGCGCCCUGCAAUUCUUGGAGGAGGAUCUCAUCGACCAGGCCCUGCAGCGGCAGCAGAACAUCUUCGACACCGAGGGGCCUCGCAUCUCGGAGGCAGACUGCGAGCUGCUCCAGAAGAUCUACAGCGAGCUAGGCGACUCCGAUGGUGUGGUUGGAGUUCUGCGGAUCGGCCCUGCUAGCGCCAGGACACGUCGCCCCGAACUGGAACUUCAAGGGCGUUGGGCUGAUGUCCAGGCUUGCUACGAGUUGGCCACGGAGGGCCCCGAGCGAGGGCCGGCGCUUUGUGGCCUCGUGCGCUGUACGCAGGCGAUGCGCCGCUACGAGAGCUCGUUGCAGCUCAUCACUGGCAUCCGGCAGGAGCAGCCCGAGUUAGCACAAACGCUGCGGCCGCACGCUGUUGAGGCUGCCUGGCAGCUGGGAAGCUGGGGUCGGCUGACGGAAGUCCUCCAGGAGCCCUCGCCAGACGGGCCGUGCGACUUCCAGGUGAAGCUGGGCAGGGCAGUGCUGGCAGUGCAUGAGAGGGACUCUGCAACACUGUCCACAACACUUCGCGAGACAACGCUGGAGGUGGCUCGCGCCGCCUCCGCAGCAGCCCGCGAGUCCUACACCCGGGCCUACCAGCACCUCCUGCGCCUGCACGUGCUCUCCGAUAUCGACUGGGUGAGCAAGUACCGGGAGGGCCCCAAUUCGAAGCCGGGAGACGUCGCCAAGAAUCUCCUCGCCCGCUGCGACAUCACGACACCUUCGUUCUCCGUGCGGCAGACACUCCUGAGACCACUCAGCGUUCUUCUCCAGGACCUGAAGCUGAAGGAGGAUGCGAAGACACUGGAGUUGGCCUUCGCUCGCCUCUGCCGGAAGCACAAGGAGCACAUCUCCAUGGAGCAUCCCGACACCAGUUUUCAAGGAACCUCGGAACGGCUGCGGCGUGCUGCCCAGAUUGAGUGGGGCAAGAUCCUCUAUGCCAGCGGGGCCCGCACUGAUGCCCUUCGCCACACGCGACUUUGGGCGCAGCACGAUGCGAAAGCUCGAUUGCUGGGGACUCGUUGG